UUUCAAUCAGUUUUCAUGCGUGUGGAGUGAUGUGGUUGUGUUUGGGUGUGUGUGGGUGUCUUGGGUGAAACACUCAUUCGUGGACUUGCAAUAAGACCUCGUUGGCAACGCUGAGUGCAUAGAAACAGCUGAUUGUUGUUGUGAGUGCUUCGUGGUGUUAUUUUACCAUGAAAGUACAACAAAGGCUCACAACCUCAUGAUCCUGAAGAAAGAAGUACAACAAAGAUACUGAAUCCCAAAAUUAAUUCACAAAAAUACAAAAUACUGGAAACAAAAGUGAAGGAAGACGAAAUCUCAAAGCGAAAGAAGCAACAAGAGUACCUUGAGAAGUGUUAGGAAGCGACAUAACAAGGAGCAAUGAGUGUGGCGCCAGACCCUGUGCAGGAUGAAGAGCUCACCAUUCCUCGUGCCUCUAUGAACAAGAUGAUCAAGGAACUCCUGCCCAAUGUGAGAGUGGCAAAUGAGGCACGUGAACUCAUCCUCAACUGCUGCACUGAGUUCAUCCACCUGGUGUCUUCAGAGGCCAAUGAGAUCUGCAACCAGCAGCAGAAGAAGACCAUAAAUGCUGAACACAUCCUUGCCUCCCUGGACAAGCUUGGGUUUGGUGACUACCGGGCAGAUGCUGAGGCAGUGUUGAAGGACUGCAAGGCAAUGGCAGCAAAGAAACGAAGGAAGAGCACCCGACUAGAGAACCUUGGCAUCCCAGAGGAGGAACUUUUAAGGCAACAGCAGGAACUCUUUGCUAAGGCCCGGGAAGAACAAAUGUUGGUGGAGCAGCAACGAUGGCAGUUGAUGCAGGCGCAGGUGGCAGCAGCACAGCAGCAACAGCAGCAGUUACAGCAGGAACAACAGGAAACUAGUGAUGAAGAGGACUAUUCCUAAGGUUGUGAUAGAGGUGAUGGCAUCAUCCCUCUAGUUUUUAUUGGAAUUGUUGUACCUUCGUCAUGUUUGACAGUGUAUGAUAGAAAACUCUCACUAUACACUUUUUGGCAGUUUGUUUUUGGACACCAUGUAUAUUUUAUACAGGUUUUGUCAGGAGUAAACAUGACGGCUACCAAAUUAACAAAAUGCCGUGAACUACAGUGAAAACUUCUAAGUACCACCUCUUCUUGGAAAUAAAAAGUAAGGAUGAGUUAACAAGAAAGCAAAGCAAUAGGUGAUGGUUUUGCUAUAUGUUGGAAACUAUUCAUCCUGCAUAUCAAUCCAGGGAUGUGAGAGGUUAGUUUUCCAUUGAAUAUUCUUCUUUUGAAUUGCCAAGGAAAAUUUUUCCUUUUUGUCUUAUCAAAAGCUAGUUUUUAUUAAUUGAUAUCCAUUGUAUUUGUUAUCAUUAUUAUCAUUAUCAUUGUUAUUAUUAUUAUUAUUAUCAUUAUUAUUAUUAUUAUUAUUAUUAUUAUUAUUAUUAUUAUUAUUAUUAUUAUUAUUAUAUACUUGUAGAAUUUUUUGUAUUCCAUUUACAUUAUUGCUGUCAUUAUUCGGCUCAGUUAGAUAUGAUACAUCUGAUUAUGUAUAGAUGGUAUUACAUGUUUAUUUAUCAUUAAUUAUCUUUUUGCUAUCAUAUUCUAUGAUUUAUUUAUCUCUAUCUCCCAAGUAUUAUGUAACAAAAAUUUUUAUAAUGAAUGUAAUGGUAAAUAUUACUGUUACAUUAUUAAAAUACUAUAUUUAUUA